UAUUUAAUACCUAGAAAAAUUAUGUCGGUAUAAGAAGAAAUAUAUGCUAUGCACUUUUCCUAAUUAUAUUGUUUUAUUGUUAAAAUUUUACACAUUGUGUAACUUAUAAAUUAUUACAUACCAAUAUUACGUACUAACCCACAUAGAGUUAUCAAAUUUUUUAUGAAUUUAAUAGUGCUCGUAAUGACAAUAAAUUGAAUAAGUAAUUUUAGUAGUCAUAAGCUGUUUCAUUUUUAUUAUUUUAAAAUGUGAUCGUGUGGAAUCACUUAUAUUCCUUUCUUUGUGGCGAAACAACAAAAAACAUGUAAAUUAUAAUGUAAGUAGGUCUUUAUACAUUUUUUUUAUUUAUUAAAUGUUUAUAUACAUUUACCGAUCUGUAUAUAAGUGUUUUUAUGUAUAUACAAAUAACAAUUGACAAAUAAUAUAUGUACUAAACUAAUUCGAACUCUUAAUGUAAUAGAUGUCACUCUUAAAAUAUAUGUAGUAUGACUAUACAGUGCAUGUGUGUCUAUCAGUUAAUCAUGAAAUUUAAUAUUUUUCUAUUGUUGUGCAUGACUUUUGAAGAAAAGCCUACGCUAUGUCAAAUAAAAUAAUCAAAAAGGUUUCUGAUGUCGAUUCACUUUCAUUAUCUUAUAAUGAUGUUAUCGAAAGAAUCACAGGUUCUAAGCAUAACUCAAUUAAAAUUCCUUCAUCUAUUAUAAAAGACAGAGAGAAAUUUUGGAAUGAAUUCUUUUUUAAAUAUUCAGAACAGGAAUUUGAGGAAACUGAAUUGAAUAUUUUUACAUUAAAAUCUAAUAGAGAAAAAAGUCAGAACUCAAUAGUGGAAACAAAAAAGGAGCUUGUGUGUAAACCACUAAGUGUAAUACAAUAUUGGAUAAAUACAGGUUAUCUACCCUACAAAACACUUUAUAUGAACAAGGACAAAUCGGAUGUUGAAUUAUUUACUGAAUCUACAAAUUCAUCGCAUCCUAGGUCUUCUAGUAGCUCUGUUGAUACUGCUGCUUACAUUUUAUCAAAUAUGAACGUAACUAAUAAAAUAGAAACAAUGGCUAUUAUAGAAGGAGCAAAAGAUAAUUCGGUAAUAACUUCCCAGAGUGCACAAGAUAUUGGAAUAAUACAAGAUAAAAUGCACGAAAUCAAUAACGAAAACAAUAAUGAAAAUGUUAUAUUGAAGAAUAAUAAUGGUAGUAUUAUAUUGGAGAAUAAUGAUAGUAGUGCAAAUAAUAUCCAACAAAAGAAUAUAAAUGUAGAAGAAUAUAUAACAAAAGCACAAAGAAAUUCAGAUAACGAUGACGUAGACAUAUUGUCAGAAACAAUUAAUACAGAUAAUGAAACGACUGAUAAAUAUAAAUCUGAUUAUAAUAAAUUGUUGAACAAACAAUUAACCUGUAUAUUUGAUGAUAUUAAUAGAAAUUCUCAUACUGAACAAAAUGUGAAAUUAUCAAAUGCCGAGCAACCUUACUUGAUAAAAGAAAACCUUACGUUGGCAGAUAGUUUUACAAAAAUAGGACGAAAGAAGUUGUACACUGGUAGAGAUUCACCUAUUGAUCUUAUUAACAUAGAAAGUAGUAACAGAAGUAUAAUAUCUAUAUCAGACCAAAGUUUACAUCCUGCAUUUGAUUUUGGAUAUAAGUCAUCAAAAAAAUUUAAAAUUUAUAACAAAAGAAAAAUGUAUCAUUCUGCCCCAUUUCAUAAAUUAAUUAAUAACAAUCAAUCUAGUGUUUUAUAUCAUAAUAAACAUAAGAGACGUAUAAAGAGGAGAACCUCAUUGACUAAUGUUAUAAAAGAUACUGUUUCUAUAAAUCAAAACAUUACAGACAGGUCAAUGUUAAAUCAAUAUUUGGUGAAAGGUAAGAUUGAUAAAUGCGUAAAUAGUUCUUUCUAUAAAAAGCAAGCAAACAAACGAAAGAAACUUAAUGAAUCAAUAAAUUGUUUACAAGAAAUGAAUAUUGGAAGAUAUCAAAAAACUAAUAAUACAUCAAAAGAAUUGGAAAAUUUAAAUCCAUUAGUUUACUUGACACGAUUAUCAAACGAUGAUAUUGUAAAAUAUAAAAAGUUAAAAAAGACAACAAAUAAUAACAAUCUAGAUACAAUUCGAUUAUUAGAAGUUAAUACUAAAAAGUAUAAAAGAUCAAAUAAAAUGACGAAUAUGAAACACUUAGUUAUUCGUUUAUCACGUUUGUCAAAACAUGAUAUUGAGAAAUAUAAAAAACCAAAUAAUAUUAAAUUAAAUUUAAAUCCAGUAGUUCGUUUAAAACGAUUAUCAGAGUUCGAAAUUAAGAAGUAUACAAAAUCUACUAACAUGAUGAAAAGUUCUGAAAAUUUAGAUACAGUUACUUCAUUAAAUAGAAUAUUAAGUAAAAGUGAUGUAUCAUUAAAAUCUACCCAAUUACAAAAUGAUAGUGCAAACGAUGUUAAUCAAUUUUCUUCCUCAAAUAUUAUGAACUUAAUGACUGAAGACAAUACUAGCGAAGAAAGUACUCUUUUUAUUUGUAAAUGUGAUAGUAUAGCAUUUGAUGACUGUUCUAUAGAUAAUUCAUCCAUGUUUUCCAGAAGUAGUCUUCAUUCUUGUUCUACCACUAUAAAAAGUCAUAUGUUACAAAAAAAAAAAAGAUUUUACAAUAAAAGAAAGAGAUUAAAUAGUGAAGUUUGUAACAAGAAAAUAAAUACGUCAAAAAAAGCAUAUGUAAAAAAAGGAGUAAAAAGGUUAAAUAAUAAAAGAUCAUUAAAACUUAAUACCAGUAAGAGUAACCUUAAGAGAGAGUAUGCUACGAGAGAUAGAAAAUAUACAAAAGUAUAUAGCAUGGAUAAUUCUUUUAGUAAUAAUUCAAAAAUUUCAAAUAUAAAUAAAGAUGUACUUAAUACAAAUGAUAUAGCAGUAUGUCCCGAUAAACCAAGGAUAGUUUUUGAAAAUAAUAAUGCAAAUACAAACAAUAAGAAAAGACAGUAUAUCAUGUUUUCAUCUGAUGAAGAUGAUGAAUUCAUGAAACUUGUGCAUUCAGAAGAUAUGCAAAAAUCAAAACUAAGAAAACGGCAUGAAACACUAAAUAAAAAUUUUAAUACAGUGGAAAAAUUAGAAAUUACUUCAUCAAAUGAAUCACUUUCUGAUUCUCCAAUUAAGAAUACUAGAUUUAAGGGAAUGGAUGAAAAUUGUAAUGAGAAGUUAAUUAAAGUACGAACUGAAAUCAAAAGUCAAACUAAAUUAUUACCUAUGCAAAACAAAAGAAAAUCUUUAUGCUUUAGAACAAAAAUCUUUGAUUCUGAUUCUGAAUCAUUGACAGCAUCACAGUGCUCAUUUAAUUUGUCUGUGGAUAACGAAUGA